GCCUUUAUAAGGAGUUCAGUCAAAACUCUGGCACUUUCAGACGCGAGAAUAAACGUUGAGGAACUAUCUGUAGUGUCCGACAAUAAUAGUGGCCAUCAAAAAUGGCAGCAUACUCAUUACCGGAGGGAUUCUCCGAUUUUGACAUGUUUGCAUUCGGUUCAGCUCUUCUUGUUGGGGGUCUUGUCGGAUUCUUCCUCAACGCCGUUUCAAUAUUGGCCUAUAUUAGCGUAAAGCAAAUGCGAACUCCCAGUAACUUCCUUGUCUUUAACCUCGCCGUGGCUGACAUUAUGCUCAAUACAACCGGCCUGAUCGCUGCAUACGCCAGCUUAUCGUACAGACACUGGCCCUGGGGUCAAGACGGAUGUAGCAACCACGCCGUCAUAGGGAUGACAGCAGUUCUGGCCUCCAUCAGUUUCCUGGCUACCAUCGCCUGGGACAGAUAUCACCAAUAUGUCACCAAUCAGAAGCUGUUUUGGAGCACGGCCUGGACUUUUUCUAUCAUUAUCUGGGGGUUGGCCAUCUUCUGGGCGGCCGUCCCUCUGACUGGAUGGGGAGUGUAUGACUUUGAGCCAAUGAGGACGUGCUGCACUCUAGACUACACCAAAGGAGACAAGGACUACAUGACCUAUAUGGGAGCCCUGACGGUCUUCUACCUUAUCUUCCCUGCUUAUGUCAUGAAGUCCAACUACGACGCCAUUUACGCAUACUUCAAGAAGAUCCACAAGCACAGGUGGAACACCAGCGUACCACUGAGGGUUCUGUUGUUCUGCUGGGGACCCUACGAAGUCAUGUGUAUCUACGCCUGCUUUGGCAAUGCCAAACUGGUCUCUCCAAAGCUGAGAAUGUUGCUUCCUGUUUUGGCGAAAAUGAACCCUAUUUUCAAUGCUUGGCUCUAUUCCUUUGGGAACGAGUUCUACAGAGGAGGGGUGUGGCAGUUCCUGACUGGCCAGAAGUUUACAGAGCCCGUCGUUGUGAAGUUAAAAGGAAGAUAAAGGAAGUUCUUGUUAGUUACAGUCAUAUAUAUAGAACGGUCAGAGUUUCUAUUCCCAUUCUACUCAUUCGAAUUCUAUGGUUACAGUACCAUACAUAUAAUUAGAAUGUUCCAUGUUCCAUUCUACUCAUUCUAAUUCUAUGGUUACAGUACCGUACAUAUAAUUAGAAUGUUCCAUGUUCCAUUCUACUCAUUCUAAUUCUAUGGUUACAGUACCAUACAUAGAAUUAGAAUGUUCCAAUCCAUUCAACCAUUCUAAUUCUAUGGUUACAGUACCGUACAUAGAAUUAGAAUGUUCCAUGUUCCAUUCUACUCAUUCUAAUUCUAUGGUUACAGUACCAUACAUAUAAUUAGAAUGUUCCAUGUUCCAUUCAACCAUUCGAAUACUAUGCUAAAGACCAUAUUCAAACAACAAAUCAUCAUCAUACACUCUCAUUGCAGUAGGUUUCACAUUGGAAGAAUGCUAUCUGUACAAGGUUGUAAAGUAAAUCUCAAUUGUUUAUUUAGUUGGUUUGGGAUACCAUAUGCCAAUGUAGCUUGUCAAUAGAGAUAUGGUGAUUGUCCAUUCAAAUAGACUUUGGGGAGAGGCACCUGUUCUUAGGUUGAAUGAUGUAUCAUGAUUUACUAGAGAUGAUUGACUAGACACUCAUUGACCUAUGUUUUAGUAGAAAUUCCACAGUGCUCUUAAAAUGACAUGUUCAUGUUGAGUGAUUUUUUGAAGGAAGUAAAAACCAGUGUAAUCAACUUAAAGUGGAUGAGACUGAAUUUUAGUGGAAUCAUGAUAAUGUAAAACAUAUUUUAUAUCCAAUAGCUUUACUUCUAGAACUUUCCCUGAUGUCUUCCUCUGAUCACUGUCAAUAAACGCAGCGAGGUGUGCUGCCAUGUGCUGCUCUUCAAUAUGACUCAACUGUCCAUGGAAAUGGUGGGAUGCUCAACACGCUUUACUGUACAGCUGUAAAUGAUGAGUGACUUAGUCUUCAGACUUCAAAAGAGCUAUAGCUGCCAGACCUGAGUUCAAAUAUCAGACUACAAAAAGAGCUAUACCUACCAGACCUGGGUUCAAAUAUCAGACUACAAAAAGAGCUAUACCUACAAGACCUGGGUUCAAAUAUCAGACUACAAAAGAGCUAUACCUACCAGACCUGGGUUCAAAUAUCAGACUACAAAAGAGCUAUACCUACCAGACCUGGGUUCAAAUAUCAGACUACAAAAGAGCUAUACCUACCAGACCUGGGUUCAAAUAUCAGACUACAAAAGAGCUAUACCUACCAGACCUGGGUUCAAAUAUCAGACUACAAAAGAGCUAUACCUACCAGACCUGGGUUCAAAUAUCAGACUACAAAAGAGCUAUACCUACCAGACCUGGGUUCAAAUAUCAGACUACAAAAGAGCUAUAGCUGCCAGACCUGGGUUCAAAUAUCAGACUACAAAAGAGCUAUACCUACCAGACCUGGGUUCAAAUAUCAGACUACAAAAGAGCUAUACCUACCAGACCUGGGUUCAAAUAUCAGACAACAAAAGAGCUAUACCUACCAGACCUGGGUUCAAAUAUCAGACUACAAAAGAGCUAUAGCUGCCAGACCUGAGUUCAAAUACUAUUUAAAAUCUUUAAAGUACCUUAAGCGUUUACUUUAGCCUGCCCGGAGUGCCAGAUGAGUGAGGAUUACUUUUAUGCUACUAUUUCAUUGUUUCCAUUGUGCCAGGCAAGCUCAAUCAAGCCCGGCUAAUUAGUAUUUGACAUGAAAUAUUAUUUGAAGCCAGUUCUGAUUUAUUAAGCAAGCCAUUUCAUGCUAUGGUGGUGGUUGUCUAGUUGGGUCUCCUGGACCCUGUGGGGUUUUAUGGUUGUGUCUCGAAUGGCAUCUUAUUCCCUAUGGGCCCUAGCCAAAAGUAGUGCACUAUAUAGGAAAUAUGGUUCCAUUGGGGACAGCUGAAACCCCUGACUAUACAGUGCCUUCAGAAAGUAUUCACACCCCGUGACUUUUUCCACGUUUUGUUGUGUUACAGCCUUGAUUUAAAAUAGAUGAAAUGUAGAUUUUUCUUUUGUCGCUGGCCUACACACAAUACCCCAUUAUGUCAAAGUGGAAUUAUGCUUUUUGAAAAUGUUUACAAAUUAAUAAAAAUGAAAAUAUGAAAUGUUUUGAGUCAGUAAGUAUACAACCCCUUUGUGAUGGCAAGCCUAAAUAAGUUCAGGAGUAAAAAAAAAAUGUGCUUAACAAGUCACGCAAUUAGUUGUAUGGACAAUAAUAGUGUUUUUGAACGACUACCCUCAUCUUUGCACCCCCACACAUGCAAUUAUCUGCCUCAGUCGAGCAGUGAAUUUGAAACAAAGAUUCAACCACAAAGACCAGGGAGGGUUUCCAAUGCCUCGCAAAGAGAAGCACCUAUUGGUAGAUGGAUAAAAAUAGAAAACAAGCAGACAUUGGAGCAUGGUGAAGUUGUCAAUUACACUUUGGAAGGUGUAUCAAUACAGUGCUUUUGCAACCGUAUUCAUCCCCCUUGGCGUUUUUCCUAUUUUGUUGCAUUACAACCUAUAAUUGAAAUGUAUUUUUAUUUGAAUUUCAUGUAAUGGACAUACACAAAAUAGAUCAAA